CUGCGCGAGCUCGCCGAGGCCGUCGACUCCGUGCCGACCGUCCCCAGCCAGGAGGCCCCGCCCCGUGGUGCUGGCAAAGGCAAGGGCACCCCCCGCUCGGGUGCUCGCAAACGUUUUGCUGCUGAUGUCCCUGUCGACCCUGGUUCUGAUGGGCCCGUAGACAUGGACGCCGACGACUUCACUUUUGACGAGAAGCUCAGGCAGGUCUGCCGCGAGGAGUUCGAGCACAUGCGCGGCACGACCGCCGCCGAGGUCAGCAGCAGCGUCUCCAAGACAAUGGGCGAGAACCACACCACCCUCCUCAACAUGUUCUCGGCCAUGCAGGCUGAGGUCGCCAAGCAGGCUUCAGCAGUCGAGCAGCAGGUGCAGUCGGCGCUGGUCCUUCGGCUCGAUGCCGUCAGCCGCCGCCUCCAGGCGCAGAUCGAUGACCACACUGCGCAGCUCCUUGCUGCCCAGGCCAGGCUUGACCGCCACGAUUCUGACAUCGAUUCCUUGCGGGAUCAGGUCGCGGAGCUCCGCAAGCAGCUUGCCCUCGCCGCCGCCGCCCUCCGCGACGAGCAGCCCCCGCCCUCCUCCUUCGAGCGCGCUGAGGACUGCACCAUCGUCGUCGCCGUCGCUAAGAAGCCCACCACCCAGGCUAGCAUCGUCGCCCCCUUGCAGCCCUGGCUCGAGGGGCUCAACUUCACCAGCGAGGACUAUUCCAUCGUGCUUCGUGGCUCGGCUCCCGCCCGCCGCUUCGAGGUGCAGUUCAAGGGACCGUCUGGCGCUGCUGCUCGCAGAGCCCGCUCCACCAUUUCAAGUCUUCGUGAUCAAUCGGGCUGGAAGGAGUUUCGGGUUACACCACCUGGCGCAGAGAUGCGCAGGUUCCACCUCGGCCCCGACAAGAGUCCAAAGCGCAUCAAGCAGAAGAUCACAGUUCGCAAAGUACGACCGGCUGUUGAGCUUCAGUACCCUGGCAGGCGCCUGUUCUCGGACAAAGAGCGCGCCGUCCUCUCGCUCGGCUGGGACAGGCCCAUGCAGUUUCAAGUGUCUCACGGAGAUGCGCCGCCCAAGAUCUUCUGGGACAUCCCCGCUCUCAGCAAGCAUGGCAUGGAUGUCGAGACCCUGCGCGCCGCUUGCCGCGACAUCACGCACCCGUCGGCCGGCGGCGACAAGGCACACAUCAUGAAGGCUUACUUGCACAAUACCCGCCCAAGUUGCACCGUCAUUGCGCUCCAGGAGACCCAUCAGGACCACCACCAGCUAGUCUCGUUCAUUGCGACCGUCGCGUCGAACAUUUCCGCCUACUCCAGCUUCGAGCAGGACCCGUUGACAGGUCAUAUUCGUGGUGGAGUGGCUAUCUUGGCACCUCCGCUCGCGGGCUGCUCCAAUGGCGCGAUGCCGACUACAGCGCAGAGGGUGCUCAUUCCUGGGCGUGCGCACGUAGUCACUAUCUCGUCUUCCUCCCACUCUGCCGACAUCCUCAACGCCCACAUCCACGAGCUCUCCCAGGCCGACAUCCGCUACGCAGUUGAGACGAUCAAGGCCUCCCGACUUCGUGCACCGGAGGACCCAGACAUGUGCGCCACCUUCGUGCUGGGGGACUUCAAUUUUGCCGUGCACGACGCGCU